AAACACGCUCCCCACCAACUCGACGCGCCUGAGCGCCAGCAAUUCUUGUGAGAAAAACCAACCCUCCGCCAUCAUCCGCUAGCCAACACCGCGCUCCCUUCCACUCCUACCCACGCCCCCCUUCCCAGCAGGCAUGGUCGCAUCCUAUUGAAUUUCUCCCAUGUCCCCAUCCAGAUUGCCCCUUAUGGACACUCCCGAUAAUAACGCGACCUCCUCUCCUGCUCCCGACAGUGCGCGACGAAGAUCGGGACGCGUUGUGAGGGCCCCUCAGAAGUUCUCCCCCGACCUCCCCUCGGCCCAGAACGAGCAUGCAUCGUCCAAGCGCAAGAGAGGCCCCGACCGCGGCGAGGAAGACGCCGAGAACGAGUCCCCCGCUGAGGACGGCGAAGAUGACGACGAGCUCAGCGACCCGGAAGAUGACGACGACCACGUCGAUGACGAGCCCGCCCCCAGAUCCAAGAAGUCCAAAUCCAAGCAGAGACCCCGGCCGAAGAAGCCGGCAGUCAAGCGCGCAAGGGUCAACGGCAGCGCGCCCGCAGAGCCUGCAUCGGCUUCCCAUGCGCCCGCCGUCAAGCUUCCGAAUCGGCCCAAGAAGACCGUCAGAGUGGCCAUCGUCAAUUCCGACAGAGACGGCCUCUACGCCGAGGUCUUUGGUUCCGGCAAUUCUUCCGAUGAUGUUGCCGCGCAUUGGUUCCAGAGCUACCAGCAGGAUGACGCCAAAGCGUUGACCGACGUGAUCAACUGCGUCUUGCUUGCGGCCGGUUGCGAUCAACAACUGACCGAGGAUGAUAUCCGAGACCCUGACAAUUCCGCGAACCGACUGUCGGAACUCGAGGAUGCUUAUCAGCAGACUAAUAUUUCAGACUAUCCUCUUAUCUCGAGGGCGAAGAGUAGCAGGAACUUCCGUGACCUCCUCGUGGGGUUCUUCGACUCUCUCGUCAGUCUGCUGCACCAGACCGAGGUCCUCUACAGCGACGAAGAUCUGUUGGACAAUAUCCAACGAUGGGUCGGCAUCAUGUCUUCCUCCGCUCUACGCCCGUUUCGGCAUACGGCAACGACCGUCGGACUAGCCAUACUUACUGGGCUAAUUGAAGUCACGAAGCAGCUUGACGACCGAAUCACAAAAUCCAAUCAGUCUUUGCAGGCCGAGUCUAACCGUCGGGGCAAAAACAAGAACCUGGUCGAGAAUACGAAGAAAGCCCUCGAUGUUGCGAACCGCAGCCGUGAGUUCACCGAUACUAAAGUCAAGGACUUUUUCGACAUUGUCUUCGUCCAUCGCUACCGGGAUAUCGACCCUAAGAUACGCGCCGAAUGUAUCGAAGCCCUAGGGACCUGGGUUUGCACCCUCCCGACGGUGUACAUGUCUCCGGAAUACCUGCGAUACCUCGGGUGGCUACUGUCGGAUGUCUCUGUAUCUACGCGAUUAGAAGUUCUGAAACAGCUGGCGAGAGUUCUAAAGCGGGAUGCAGAGAAGUUGGCACACUUCAUCGACCGGUUCCGACCCCGUCUUGUUGAGAUGGCGACUAGGGACUCUGAUAUCAACGUGCGCGUUGCAGCAAUUGGGGUAGUAGAUAUAUUACGCGCCUCCGGCAUGCUCGAACCCGAAGAAGUGGACUCUGUCAGUAAACUCCUCUUCGACACCGAGGUCAGGAUUCGGAAGGCGGUUGCUGGUUUCUUCUCGGCUCUCGUCGAGGAGCUCAUCGAGAAUAAAGUAGACGAGAUUGGCGGCAGCGAUGCCCUGGAAGAGGUUUUCGGUGAGGAGGACGAAGACGAGUACGACUCGCUCCGUAAGGACUGGAUCAAUAUCAAAGCUCUCGCCGAGAAUCUCGCCGUUUAUGACGCCCAGCUGGAUGAGGAGCAGGAGGAGAUCCGACAUGGGCUAGAUGUUGCCGCGGACGUGAUCAAUGCCACCGUGCCAGACUCGCGGAUUGCGCUAGCGACUCAAGUGCUCUACGAGAGAAUACCGCAAGUGAAUAACUGGCAAAUCAUUGCGGGCUAUCUAUUGUUCGACCACUCGACCAGUUCCAAAUCUAGACACAGUUUGAAGACGAACUCGAUCGAGGCAGCCACCAAAAAGGCCGUCGCCCCUGAGCCACGGGAGGAAGCGAUUCUACUGGAUGUUCUCUCCGCCGCUGUGAAGGAGAGCCUUUCGCCAUCAACCGAGCACGAUAAACAUAGGAAAAAGGCGGGAAAGCCCGAUUCGGAUGCGCAAGAUGACGCCGGUCUCAAGCUAGCCGCUCUCAUCCCUCUCCUCCUGAACAAGUUUGGAUCGGACCCUGCCAUGGCCGCCACCGUGCUCCGACUAGAGCACUUCCUAGAUCUAGAGGUGUUCCAACAGCUGCGCCAGAAUUCGGCCACAUACGAGAAGCUUCUCGACGAAGUCACGACUCAAUUUAACCGCCAUGUCGACCAGGCUCUCCUCAAUGAGGCGACCCGCGCAUUCAUCCACGCUAGGCAAUACGAAGAACUCGAAGAAUUGACUGAUAACAAACUGGCGGUGCUAUGGGAUAAUUCGGUCAACUCAUUGCGAAGCAUCGACAAAAUCUGCGAACUGUCGGCCCGAGGCAACCUUGACCGCACAGCGCUCGCUGAACUUUCCAAUACCCUAAUGAAGAUCAGCAAGCUAGUUACUAUUUCUGAUUGCAUAGAUGUCUUGGGGACGCCGGGCACGUCGAUAGACUCGGACCAGCCGGCUAUCAAGAUUCUCGUCGGAAUCGUACAUCGCGGCCUUUUAAAGGAGCCAAACGAGGAUCUCGAUGAUCCAGAGGACGAGAUCGUUGGUUUUGCUAUAAAGGCCUCGCAAUUCUAUUUUAUGUGGCAAAUUCGAAGAUUACAGAGUAUUAUCGACAGCGGUGCAGAUAUACCCGAUGCCGUUGCGGACGAGCUCGCCGUCUUGCGCAAAGACCUGGUUACGAAUCUUAUCCAAACCUUCUCCUCGCGAGGCUUCAACGACGACCUUCGCCUCCUAGCUGUUGGCGCCGCCUGCGAUCUUUCUGCACUUUUUGUCUUCCUCCGGCCUAUAGUCCAAGGUCCAGAUGCCUCCAAAUACGGAAAACUGCGCUCCCUCCUCGAAGAAAUGCCGACAGCCUUGAUUUCCCAGGAGAUCAUCCCCAUAUUUGAUUCUGCAGAGCACGCGUAUGCGAAGCGCGCCAAGAAACAACUUAACGAGCCGGCAGACGACGAGGAUCCCUUGGAUGACGAGGCGCCCCCGGAGGACGACGAGGACGAUGAGCUCACGGAGCGGGAGCGCUUCGCCGCCGAGUUAAAGGCCGAGAAGAUUCUAUGCGAGCUCACGGGCAAGCUCGUUCUUGCCAUCUUAGCCAAGACCAUCGACCACACCGGGCCGGACGCCGGCAAGCUUCGCAAGCGGCUCACCCGCAACAAGGCUAAGCUCGGGAACAACUACCGGGACGUGGUCGUGUACCUAGACGAGGAUCACCUCCGCGAGCUCCGCGCUGGCAAGAAGAAGUCGGCGGCGAAGGCCGGUAAGGGCAAGGAAGCUGCGAAGAGGCCGGCCCUCAGCGCGGAGCUAGUCAUCGAGGACGGGGACGACGACGAGGGAGAUGAAGAAGCCCCGCCGCCAGCGGAGGAUCCGUUCGAGGAGGCGGAGCCCGAGGAGGGCACCGUCGAGGAUCUGAGACGCCGCGAGCUUCUCGAGGACCCGGUGGAGGACGAGGACGAGGCGGAGGAGAACGGCGACGGCGGCGAACCGAAGAAGCCAGGGGCAGGAGACGGCCGCGAACACGACGACGAUGACGACGACGUUAUCGGGGAUUAAUGAGCGCGCGAGCGAACGAGACCCUAUAGUGUAGAACAGAGCAGAGCAGGUGUAGAGCAGAGGCAGAGCAAAUCACGAGGGGAUAGGAGGGGGGGGGAAGACGACGGGGAGGGGAUGUAGGCUCACGAGGUUUUUGGUUCCAUUGCUGUCCUUCUCCAUGUGUACCUAGUACGUAUUAUUCUACUGCUGAGCAUCGAUUGCGACCCAAAGGGAGAGAGGGGGGAGGAGAAAGGAGAGCUAGGACGAGGCUGAGAAGGGGGGGGGGGGGG